GAUCGAUACGUCGGCCAGAAGUCGACGUUUCGAAACGUGGUAGUCAAGACUUUGUUUGACGUUUACAUCCAUACGCCGUUCGGCGUCGUCCCCGGCUUUUACCUCGUGACUGGUACGUUCAAGGGCGACAGCCUCACGCGGAUCCACGCCCAGCUCCAGCGUGAAUGGGUGGAAGCAUCCCUUGGCUCCUCCUUGUUUUGGACGCCUGCACAAGUCGUCAAUUUCUGGCUCGUUCCGCAGCCUUUCAAGAUCGCCUACGUUUCGGUUCUCUCCUUUGCCCACAAGACCUGGAUGUCCUGGGUGUCCAACAGGGACCGCUAUGCCCUCCGCUCCGGGAGUGCACCUCUUCUUCCAGGUCCAUAUGCAGUGGCCUAG